AGUAGAGCUUUGAGGAGCGCGCGAGGCAGCAGCCUUAGGACUGCCCCCACUGAAACAAGUGCGCGUCAAGCGACCACAACACGUGAACGGCACGAGCGGGACGCACCGCCCUGAGACUUGGUGAUUUUUCUUACGUUUGUGUUUUUUUUCUCCUGGGGAUGGACCUCGCAGCCAAGAUGGAAAUUAACGUCAGCCAGCAGCAACUCCUUCCACCCGCGUGCUUCUUCUCUGCAGCAGCGGCGCAGAGCAUCCAGCUGAGCCCGAGCGGCAGCAGCCAGAGCAGCGGGAAGUCGGUGUCCAAGCAGCCCAAGAGGCAGCGCUCCUCCUCCCCGGAGCUGCUGCGCUGCAAGCGGAGGCUCAACUUCGCGGGGUUCGGGUACAGCCUCCCGCAGCAGCAGCCGCACGCAGUGGCCCGGAGGAACGAGAGAGAGCGGAACCGGGUCAAACUGGUCAACAACGGCUUCGCAACUUUGCGAGAGCACGUGCCCAACGGCGCUGCCAACAAGAAGAUGAGCAAAGUGGAGACGCUGCGCUCUGCGGUGGAGUACAUCCGCGCCCUGCAGCAGCUGCUGGACGAACACGACGCGGUCAGUGCGGCGUUCCAGUCCGGAGUCCUGUCACCCACCAUGUCACAGGGAUACUCCGCUGACAUGAACUCCAUGGCGGGGUCACCCGUGUCCUCAUACUCAUCAGAUGAGGGCUCCUACGACCCCCUGAGUCCAGAGGAGCAGGAGCUGCUGGACUUCACCAACUGGUUCUGAGCAUCUGUAUGAGGUAAGAGCAGACUUCAUGCAUCCAAGUUAAAAACCAGACUUCUCUUUUGAUGAAACCUUCACCAUGAACACUCUGAGCAGCAUUUUAAAGUUUCUUUUUUGUCAUUCUUUACAGAAAUAUGGAUCCACUCAUUUAACUGUUGUAGUGCGCUUGGGAUGGUCCCGGAGGAGGCUGGCGGUCCUCACCAACACGACGCACUGUGCACACGCUUUGGCCCCGCGUCCUGAACGCCCAGUCCUUCCCGACUGACUGACUGACAGACACGGCUUUAAGGUCCUGAACACUCGGGGGGAAUCAGGCCAGAGAUCAGCGCCAAAGGAUUAAAGGAAGACGGGUCUCCUGACAGCGUGGGAAUCCAAACUUCUGUGCAUUUGUCCAUGUUUUGAAAAAACAAACCCUAAAGUGAAUUCACGCUCUUUUGCAGCACAUUGAAAACAUUAUUUAAUACGUCGCUCUUUAACUAUGCUUAACCCAAUCACAGAACAGCUACCCUUUGGUAAACCUCUCAGAAAAUGCUUCCAAGUCGCGGAUUUAUUCUAUGAAAUUCUAUAUCGAACGCUUUUUUUGAGAUAUAUUAAGAUAUUUUUGUAUGUAAGAGAUUUAUAGAUGUUUUGUACACAUCAUUUUUGUAUAUAUUUUGUCUAUAUAUUGCGAAGUUGCUUCUAUACCUCCUGCCUAUGUAGACGUGUAGUCUAUUGUUCUCUGGCUCUUGUGUUCAUGAGGUCUCCAGAAGGAGUUUGACACUCCGCCUUUUUAUUCUAUAGCACCGAUGUGUCUUAUUUAAUAGCAGAACCAUGUUAUUACAUUCAUGAAGUUCACAAUGAUCAAAAGUUAUGCAGCUACUGUCCAAACAGAGCGCAAUGUCCAUGCAUUGUCUCUACACUGCCAGCUCUAUGUUGUCUUCACAUAAAAGAAGUCUUAUAACCGUAUUUUCUACACUCAAGUCCAAAAAUAAAUGAUUUGCUACUGAAUCUUU